UCUGUAGGUAUUGCUGAUGAUCUGCUGUACAGUGCUGAUCUGGGUCCAUCCAUUGCACCUUCAUUCCCUAAUACUGCAAUACCUGAAUUGCCUACCAUUGAGCCAGAAACACCGUGUCUUAACUCCAGCAGUGCAAUUCUUCCACCUCCAGCACCACCUCCACCAGAGGAGCUUCCAUCACCCCCUCCUCCUCCUCCACCACCACCACCACCUUUACCAGAGGAACUUCCAUCACCACCUCCACCCGAGGGUGGAGAUGCUUUGGACGGCCCACAUUCUGGUUUAGACUCCAAGAAGCUGGUCGCGGGGGCACCAGAGUCUGUAGUUCAUCCUGGUAAUGCCAGGGCUAGCUUACUGGAGUCUAUCAGGCAAAUGGGAGGCAGUGGGAAGGCUAAGUUGAGAAGUGUCAAAGAGAGAAAGAUUGAGGCAAAGAAGAAGAAACAAGAAGAAAAAACUGUAGGUGGUUCAGGUGACCUGAUGACAGACCUCUUCAACAAAUUACAGAUGAGAAGGAAAGGAAUAUCAG